AUGGAACAGAAUCAGCGAGAGAAUGACCGUUUGAAGGCAAUUAUGGAUGCAAACUCGUUGAUUGAGAGUCUCGAUAAACGAACCUCAAUUCGAGCGUUUGAAAUACAACGAGUUCAGGAACUGGAGUUGGCAUAUUCGAAGAUGAAAAGCGAUCUCGAUCGCUUGAUAGAGGAGAAAACCGAGCAUGGUUAUGAGGGAAUGAACUUCAGAUCGAUUUUCGAGAAAACAAUGGAAGAAAAUGAUAGGCGUCGCGAAGAAAGUGCUGAACUGCGAGCGUUGUUGGCAUCACGAUUCGAGAAGCAUACCNACAGUGGUCAUUGGUCAUUAGCGCACAGUGAAGAUGAUGCAUCACUGAGUGAUCUCGAUGAAGAACUGUGCUUGGAACGACAGUGUAGACAGCUGAAAGCACAUAUCGAGUAA